AUGGCCAAGUUCAUCGAAGUGUCUAUUAGGCAGGGACGCGCUAAGAUAAGCUGUCCGGGCAGCUUAGAAUGUACUGAGCCGCUGGACCCACAGAUGUGCAGGGAGCUCGUCUCCGAGGAACUGUACAGUCGAUGGUGUGACCUCAGUAGCGAGGGCAGCCUUCUAGGGUUUGAUAAGUGCUACUGCCCAAACCCAGACUGUAAGGAGCUGAUCAUCAAUGAGUGCGGCCGUACCAGGCGUCCCAGGAGAAUCACCUGUCCCAGCUGCAAGCAGCAGUGCUGCUUCCGCUGCGCGCUCCCUUGGGAUGAGCGGAAGAAGCAACACAAAUGCGACGGAGCAAUAUCUUUCGUGGAGAGAAAAGGGUGGACGCGGUGUCCCGGGUGCAAGAACUAUGUGCAACGCAGCCAUGGGUGCCGGACGAUCCGCUGCAGGUACGCGCUGACCUAG